UUUCACGAACCCUAAAUUCACGAUUUUUGAGCCAGGCUGAAAAACACAACCUUUGCCUGCAAAUCAUGAUCAGAUUGUGUAUCCUGUGCGCGGGCUAAACAAAAGCUGCAUGAGAAACCCUCUCAUUUUGCCCUCCUCUCCUCCUAUAAAUAGAGGAGGGAGAGUAACCUCAAUAUUCCACCCAACUACAAUUCAGAAAUUAAAGAAGAAAAAUGCCGAGGGUUGUGCUUCUUGCAUCAGCUCGUUUGCAUAACGUUGCCCUUCUCCAGCCCGAGGGUGGGAGCGAUGAUGAAGAAAUGAACUAUUUCUUUAGGCUGAAAUGUGAACAAUGUGGAUGGAUUUCUGAGAAUGAAGUAUGUGUUAACAUGGCCGUUCAAGAACAUGCCCCCGGGAGCAGCAGGAGAAACAGCCGUGUGAACUUAUCUCUGAAGUGUGAAGGGUGCGAAAGGCAGGGGACAAUAACACUAGUCCCCGGAUAUGGACGCCCGUUGAGGGUAGAUGAUUGUACAAAUGUGCCACUGAUGGUUUUUGAUUGCAACGGAAUUUUCCCGGUGUACUACUCCUUCAACGGCGGAUGGUCGGCCGUUACGAAUUCUGGCAGCAGUAUUAACCUCAAUCUUGUUGGGGGAGAUUACAAUGCUGUCGUUGAUGGAGAGUGCAUUGAAAUCAAGGAGCUGGAAACCAAGUUUGAACCCUAUAACGGGUGACAGUAUGCUUAGUUUUUUGUUUAGGCGUUUCCGUUGGUUCAGGUUGUUUUUGUUUCUCCUUUUAUGUUUUUCUUUCUGUUUACUUCCCAUUUCGGCUCCAUUUGUAAUCCCUUCAGCAUCAUCAAUAUCAAAAGUUUGGUUUCUUA